AUGAUAUUACCCGGGGUCAUGGGCUGUAUAAUUUCACUUUGGAGUAAAGUUGUACCCUUAGCUUUGAAGGCUGUUAUUACAAAGAAUGAAGCAAACCACGGGAGGGCACUUGAUUCUGUUCUAACAGAAAAGAGAGACACUAUCAAAACUUUUCACUAUGACUUGUUUCAAGCAUUGUUUAAAAAAGACGAAGAAAGUGUUAAUACGCAAAUAGAAUCAUUGGGGUUAUCUACCAUAUGCUAUGUGAUUUUCGUUUUAUCAGAAAGUUCUAAACUUAACUGCACCAGUUGCAUUUUUGACCGACUAAGAAAUGUUGAAAAGUACACCGAUUCCGCGUCACUGGAAUACAAUACAUACAAGCAGCAGAAAUGGGAGUCCCUACGCGAAUCUUUGAUUGAACUUGUCAAAGGUAGUGAAACCGAAUAUGAAUGCAAACGAUUUGUUCAUUUAUACGACGAAUCGGAAGCAACCAAAGUUAGCGAAAAGUUCAUUACAGAAGGGACACAAACAGAGAAUAUCGAUUGUCAUUCUCAUGUGGCUAUAACUAGCGAAUCAGCUUUAAAUCGACAGAGCGAAACGGAAGAUGAUCUGUUGAGAGAAAAAGGAGACACGGUAGAAUGCAUUGAUAUAUUAGAACAGACAACAGAGUUCAUUCAGCCGCUAUCCGAUAUAUUCGUGCAUGAAGAUGAAUCAGUAGUUCUAUUUUGUGAACUAAACACAGCUGGCAGUCAAACAGAGUGGCGGAAAAAUGGUGAAAGGCUUUUUGAAACGAAAACUGUCAAGGUUUCUGCAGAUAAAUGCAGUCACUGGUUAGUGUUUGCCAAAGCAAAGACGAUAGAUACUGGCGAAUACUCAUGUAUCUGCAAGAAUGUUUUAACGUCAGCUUUCGUUAAAGUCACAAAACAAGAUUUGAUGGUGGUCGAAGCUUUACAUAUAGAUGUUGACGGUCAAGUCAAAGAAUAUAUGGAUAUAUCUCUUGUUUGCACUGUGAACGCACACACUAAGAACCCACAAUGGUUUCAUAACAACAAGGAAAUAACACAAUCGUCUCGAGUAGUUGCCGUUUCACAUGGUCUCGAGCAUAAACUUUUCAUCCGGAAUGUGCAGUUAAAAGAUGACGGAUUGUACGUAAUAGCAUUUGAUAGAGUUACGUCAUGUACAACAAUAACAGUAAAGGGCGAAGCUGACCUGUCAGUAAAACUUCAACUAUCAGAAAGACUUUACACCAACUGGGUAAGAGGUGUUCUUGGUCUUAAGUACCUUAAGCUUGGUAUAGAAGGUGUAGCAGAGAAAGAAGUGAAACGUCGCCAUGCUGAAAUAUUGAAUACACUACCUAAUUCAAAACAACCAUGUACACAAUGUAGUGCAGACAGUCUUUAUCCCUUGCACAAUAAGAAACAAUGUUACAGAAAACAAAACAAGAAUAAGUGUCUAUGUUCAGAUUACCAACACAAUAGGCAGCCGUGUCCUAAUAAGGGAUAUUGCAGUCUGUUUUAUGACCAAGUAGUUUCCGAUCAUCGGUUCGAACAUCCUGAACUGGAGAACACGCAGCUUGAUCGAUGGAGCUACGACCCAUGGAGUGUUGCAACUUGCUAUAUAAAUACCAAAGGUUACAAAGGGAAGGGUUCUUCUAAAGAAAUUGACUGCGCAGGACUGCUGAGUUUGUUCAUAAACAACAGGAGAUAUCUAACAGAUGCCAAUUAUGGUGUUUUUGAUAUGGCAAGAACCACUCGCAAUGAAAUACUGCACAAUGCGAAUUAUGAACUGUCAGACGACCAACUUCAUGAAUAUUUCGAUAACUUCAAAGAUGUACUGGAAGUCAAGAACAAUGCUAAUAAGAUGGUAUUUGCAAAGGAUGAAAGCAUAAAAGAAGCAUUGAAAAAUAUUGACAAGUUAAAACAGCAUCAAAUUAAUAUUGUUACGUUAGAAGAAAUCCAAAAUUUGAAAGACAACGCAAUGAAGGAAGCUGCUGAUACGUUUAAAGAAGCUCAGAAACAAUUAAAACAGCAUCAAAUUAAUAUUGUUACGUUAGAAGAAAUCCAAAAGUUGAAAGACCACGCAAUGAAGGAAGCUGCUGAUACGUUUAAAGAAGCUCAGAAACAAAGAGUCCAAGAGGUUCAACACUUGAAAGAAAAAUUGAAAAAGGCGGAAGAGGAACUACAAGUGCUACGACAGCUGAGAUCAGCCUUUCAGAGAGACAGCCGUUUGGAGGAAAAGAAAGAGUUACCUGAACUCGUGUUGCGAUUAGGUAUUCGUGUGGUGACGCCACUGGGAGCGUCAGCAAGUGAAGUUAUUCAGCGUGUACAUGGGUUUAUACAAUAUGCAGUAAAAAACAACAGAAUCUCGGAAGAGGAUUCUAUCCCACCUAUUGUUCACACAUACAAGAAAACUUAUAAAUCAGUCCAGCAGAUACUUGGAAAGAUAUUCGUCUCUCAGGAUACUAAAGUUGAAGUGCUGCAAGACCAGUCAGAUGUGUCCUUCAAAAUAAAAUGCAUUUCCUUAAAAGACUUUGAAAAACGUCUUAUAAUAUACCGUGGAGUUCAUUUCCAGGAAGCCAAAGUAGAUUUACAAAAGAGUUUAGAGACUGAAGACGAGCGGAAAUGGAAAUAUGAUGUUGAGACAUGUUGUUCCUCUCAAAGUUUGAAAAAUAUCACAAAACAGUUAUGUAAGUCACAAUGUUCAAAGUUAAAAGUUGUCUUAAAAUGA